CUAUAUAAAGCGUAAGAUAAGUCUGUGUAGUAAGUUCUAAAGUACUCAGAGAUUUUCACACAUCAUUACGUUGUCUGUCUUAGGGAAUGCAAUCAACUUGCGUACAAAGUACCUAAGUCAAAGGAGGAGCUUGUGUUUGCAGGCUGGCCGAUAUGCAUAAUUUGCUGAGUUCCUCUGCAUCCGGAGUUGUACUUUAACAGCUGUAACAGUGCUGGCUCCCUGCACGAAAAAGUUUCAAAGUUUGAGUUUACAAUGGCUUUAGUAAAGUUUAUAUGCGCGAUUAUUACCCGAUUUUUGUUCAUCCUUGUAGCAUUUUUGGGGGUAUUUGGAGUUACAUGGGUUAAAAAAGAUCCUUAUUAUUGGUUACUGACCCUUCUCUUCCUUCCUCUCAUUUUCGAAAUGUUCUUAACUUUGAAAAUGCGAAAAGGCGAAGACUACAAGUGGUUCUCGCCAGCCAUCUUGCUGUUCCUCAUCAGCAUCAUACCCUCCAUAUGGAUUUUGGAACUGUACCAUCAAGAAAAUGAAUUAAAUUAUCCACAGUGUAAGAGACUGGAUUCACUGGAAAACGUAAUGAGCAUUUUAAAUAUGACUAUGCGCAAUCAGGCACUUACGGAACUGGAUGGACUUCUGUCUAAAGUGUGUGUCAAUGACUGGAUUCUUGCUCUUCACCAAAUCCUGCUCAUCCUCCUGAUUGUGGGAAAGUGGCUGCUGCCUAAAGGAGGCAGUGUCACCAGAGACGGGCUUUCACAGCUCCUGCUCAUUUUCGUUGGUGUAGCUGCAGACAUACUGGAGUUUACAAGUGAGACACUGUCAGAUGUGAAGGAAAGUAGGCCUGAGUUUGUGUACAUAAUACUUGGUGUGUGGACUUGGAGUAUGUUACAAUUUCCUUUCCAUGUGACAGUGGUGAUCCCUGGUUCAGCAGACGCUACUGAAGAUCAAAGCAUGUCCUGCCUUAGAAGACGCUUCAGUGACAUCUGGGGCAUAACUGAAAGUGUGUUAACCCAAGAUGGUCCCUUCCUUGUGGUUAGACUGCUGGUUAUGAUCAAAUACAAAGUGUUCCACCAAAUGUUGGUGUUCUUUACUAUUAAAAAUUUCCUUGUUGUUAUCCUCAAUUUUUACCGCCUGUAUGCUAUUAUGUCAGAAUAGGUAGAAAUCUCAGAAAAAGACCCUGUAUAGGAAGGAUUGUGGUGUAAUAAUAUUGUAUUUGACAUCUUAAUAUAUCGACACUCCUCUACUUACGAAUGAGAUACAUUCUGAACGGCCGUUCAUAACUUGAAAUGUUUGUAAGUCGUUAUUCAACAUCAUUUUAAGGGUAUACGCAAGUACAAAGAACUAGGAUGCUGGGAGUCUGCACGCUACGCUCCUGCGUGAUGGGAGUAGCGGCCAGAAGUUGUACUAAGCGGAAUUGGCCCGCAGAAAAAAAAAUUGAUGUUGCGGACAGGAAACAGGAGCCAAAUGAAUACAAUUUGGGCUUACAGUCCUCUUCAUUCGUAAAUCUGAAAGUUCGUAAGUUGAAAGUUCGUAAGUAGAGGAGCAUCUGUAUUGCAUACAGUAUUGUGCAAUAUAUUGUACCUUAAUAUGUUGCAAAUGUUAUCAAAUUGAAAUUUUUAGAACAUAUGCAUUUACAUUUAUAUUUGCAUUUACAUAUUCUGUAGUCACUUCCUGGGAUAGGUACUAGGCUGGAUGUGACCGUAACCUAGAAUUUAUGUAAAUGAAAUUUUACAUUCAUAAAUGUAUUCAACUGUCAGAAUUAUAUUUCAAGGUAACUAUGUUCAUGUCUUACAUUUUACCAAAAUGAUGAUAAAAAGAUAAAACAGUGUUG